AUGGAUAUUCGACGAGAACUUCGAUCAGAAUUCGAAGCACUAAAUAUAAUAAUAGACGAAGCAGCAUUAGAUACGUGUGAAUACUUGUGCCAUUUGUAUCACAUCAAAUCUGGAGAUUUUUGCGAUCAAUGGCUCGCGUUUACCCUAACCAAUUUAAAGGGAGCCAACCCUACAGUCGAAUACUUGGAAAAAAUGGAAAGAAAAGAAUUGAUGAAUAGGAAGAAAAAACCCGGCGACAAAUCACACAGAAUAACCCCUCGUAAACACGAAAAUGCUCCGCUAACACCACAAUCAAAGAAGCCGGUAGUUGCAGAUGUGGCGGAAACUCCGGAUACGCACAGCGAAUCCAAAGACGAACUAUCAGGAAUUAAUUAUUCCGAAAAGUUUCAAAAACGAGACAAUUCUCGAGCGGUUCUCUGCCAUUUCGGUCCUGAGAAAGUAGACUUUAUGAGAGGAGAGAAUAUUGUGUUAUCGAUAAAAGAAGUAGAUGAUCAUAAAAUACCGAAAAAUAUCUUAUACAUGUACCAAACAGUUUUAAAAACGGGAACACAAAUGAACACAAUGAUCUAUCAGUUGGGACACGAUAUCCUAAAUGCAAAUGACUUAAGAAUACCAACAGAAAAGCUUCAAGAAACUAGUGACCUUGUUACUACAUAUGGAAUGUUAAAUUCGGACACCGAGCACCUAUUAAAUUUACAAUCGGUAGUUUUACAAGGAAGCAUUGAAACGACUAAUAAUGCGCAAUUUAAUGUAAGUUUUCCCAAAGACACGUAUGUUUCUUCCAUUUUCCCGGGACAGGUUGUAGCAGCAAAGGGAACGUUCAACGUAGAUUGUCGAUUCUGUAUCCAAACCCUUUAUACAAAAGCCGAGUUGAAUUUACCAAUUGAGCCACCAUUAACCACUGGAGGGGCGCAAAUAGUAGUGGCCAAAGGUCCUUUUACUUUUAACGAAAAUCUUUCGUAUGAACCUUUACAUGAUCUCUUAGAGUACGUUCGUGAAUAUAAGCCUCACGUGCUCAUUCUACUGGGGCCGUUUCUGGACGAUACGCAUGAUAAUGUGAAAACCGGCGAUUUGAAUCAGUCAUACGAUUCGUUUUUUGAAGAUUUAAUGGACAACAUAAUAAACGCUGUAAGGGAUAUUGAUGUACAUCUAGUAAUAGUUCCGAGUUACAAGGAAAUUCACCACCAUCCCGUGUAUCCUACACCGCCUUAUCACAUCAAGGAAAAGUACGAUAAUGUUUCGUUUGUGUCUGAUCCAGGAGUAAUAGAAAUUGAUGGGUUGAGAAUUGCGACGACUACAGUCGAUAUUUUAGCUCAUUUAAGUAUAUACGAAUUUUAUUUUCACAAUAGUAGUAUUAUAAAACCAAUCAAGAGACCUCUCAGAUUGGCCUCGCAUAUAUUACAUCAAAAGAAAAUAUAUCCGUUGCAUCCUUCUGAAGGAGUUCCAAUUGAUGAUGUUCUAUUAGAUAAAUACGGGGUUUUCAAAGCCAAACCUCACAUCUUGAUUUUACCGUCAGUUUUGAAUAGUUUCAUCGAGAACAUCGAUGAUUGUCUAGUUAUUAAUCCCGGAAGAUUAUCUACAGGACUCGUAGCUGGGUCAUUUGUUAGAAUUCAAAUUGAAGCUGGAAAUACACGGUCCAUUUGUGACAGGGCUGCGGCAGAAGUUAUUAGAAUUUAA